UCAAUUUUGGCGUCGGAACCUUCAGGCGGCUUCACAUUUAUCUAAGGGAACCGUUCUUGAACUCACCGCUGGGGAGGACAAGGAAGGGAAGGAAAUGGAGGUGAAAGUUCAGAUCGUCAGGAGAGAAACCAUCAAACCGUCUUCUCCUACGCCGGCUGAGCUCAGAAGCUUCAAGCUCUCGCUCUUCGAUCAGCUCAACCCGAAUCUUUACACUCCUCUGCUCCUCUACUAUGCGGACUGUCGCAAUCUUGACCAGACGACCGGGAGGCUGAAGUCUUCCCUGUCCAAAACUCUCAUCCACUUCUACCCUCUUGCAGGGAGGAUCACGAACAACUUGUCGAUCGAAUGCAAUGACGAGGGGGCUGAGUUCAUAGAGGCUGAGGUUGGGUGCUGCCUCUCCGACAUCCUUACACGACCUGAUGCGACGGUCCUCGAGAGGUUUCUUCCGGUUCAAAUUUAUCACUCGAAUGCUCGGGAUGCGCCCCUGCUCCUCGUGCAGGCAAACUUCUUCAAGUGCGGAGGGCUCGUGAUCGGGGCUUGCGUUUCGCACAAGCUCACUGACGCGGCCACCCUGAGCACUUUCAUCAAUGCCUGGGCUGGAGAAGCUCGGGGGUCGAGGGAGAUCGUCCUUCCCGAGUAUCGUCUCUCGUCAAUGUUCCCGCCAGUGGACUACUUGAGUUCACUACCCACAGUAGAUAUGCCAAGAACGAAGUGCAUCACGGGGCGGUUUGUCAUCCAAUCCUCAAGGAUUGCCGCCCUUAAAGCCCGAGCCGCCAGUGAUGACGUCCCACGGCCCACUGCUGUAGAAGCUGUGACGGCCCUUGUAUGGAAAUCUGCUGCCACGGCUUCAUGGAAGAACUCCGACCUCAGGUCAGGUCCAAAACAGACUGUCCUGGCACAAAUGGUGAACUUGCGGAAACGCGUCUAUCCGCCACUGCCAAACAACUCUGCGGGGAACAUGGUGACAUACUUCAAAGCGAAAACGGAAGAGACCGAGCUGAAGCUGCAAGCAUUAGUAUUUCAUCUGCGGAAUGGAAUCCGGGAGCGCCAGCAGCAGUAUAUCGAACAACUUCUAGGGGAACAUGGGGUCCCUGCAACAUUGGAAACCGCAAGAGAUUACGGGGUGCUGCUGGCAAAUGAACGGGUAAACUUCUACAGCUGCAGCAGCUGGUGCAAGUUCCCGCUGUACACGGCGGACUUCGGUUGGGGGAAGCCCACCUGGGCGAGCGUCGCGAAUGCGGAGUUCAAGAACAUUAUCGUGCUGAUGAACACUCCGGACGGGGAGGGGAUCGAGGUCUGGUUGACCCUGAGCGAGGCGGACAUGGCCUUGUGUGGGCAUGAUGAAGAGUUGCUUGAAUUCGCAUCCGUGAAUCCGAGCGCUGAAUACUGAUGCAUUGCUGUGCGAGCCUCGUAACUCCAUAGUUGAAGGUUAAGCACAGUUUUACAUACUAAGGCUUGGUUUGAGAGUGGUGUUACCUAUGAAAAAGUAUUGAAAUAAAAUUACUGAAAAUUAAGUGCUGAUUUUAGAAUAA